AUGUUCCACGGUCCUACGACUUUAAAUUCUUACCCACCAGUCACCACUCUCUUCUCAUUUACAGAGCUAAACCCUCUUUUGCUCUCUCUCUAUCUCACUCCGAGAGAACAAAUGGCUACUCCACAGAAGCUCCUCCUCGCCGUCAUUGUCUCCGCCGUCAUUGUAACCGCUAUCACCGGACGUAAUGUCGGAGAAGAUAUCGUACAUUCCUCAUGCGAGCACGCGAGCUACCCAUCGCUAUGCGUACGUACGCUCUCAACUUACUCCGGUCCGACCAUCACCAACCGCCGCGAGCUAGCUCAAGCCGCCGUCAAAAUCAGCCUCUCACACGCGCAAAGCGCCGGGAAGAAACUCGCGGCGGUUCGAGAAACGGUGGGGAAGAAUAAACGCGAGAAAGCAGCGGUUGUGGACUGCGUGGAGAUGAUUGGAGACUCGGUAGACGAGCUGAGCCGCACGCUUAGCGUUUUGAAGCAUCUCCGCGUUUCGAGCGGCGGUUCGACGAAGGAGUUCCGGUGGCAGAUGAGCAAUGCGCAGACGUGGGCUAGCGCGGCGUUGACGGAUGAUGACACUUGUCUCGAUGGGUUUCAAGGUAUCGACGGCGAGAUCAAAUCGGAGGUGAAGCAGUGGAUGACGAAGGUGGCGAGGGUUACGAGCAACGCGCUUUACAUGAUCAACCAGCUCGAUGAGACACGUGGAAAGCCCCACGUCGUACGUUCUUGAUGUUGUAAUGGGAUUGUUUCAAUUUGGACGGUUGUGAUUUUGUGUUAGUUUUAAUCAGUUUCGUGUGUUAUAUAAUUGCAAGAGAUAAUCUCUGCUAUAUAAACAAAAGAGUUUGAAAUUAUACAACGUCCUUUUUAGUAGUUGUGAACUUGUGAUAAUGGUAACUUAAACU